UGUAAUUCGGUGUAUGUUCCUGCGCUGCUGCGAGACCAGAGAAGGCACCGCCCAGGAGAGAGAGAUCCGCGUCAAACAACAGCGCCACGCCGCCGCCGAGAUGGGCAAAGACGUAAGCCCACACAAACGAGAUGCAUGUGGGCGUGAGGGAGAGAGGGAGGCUGCGCAUGUGCCCAUGUGGCGCAGCACGAAUCGGUCUUUUGCUCUCUCUGCGGGUGUGAGAGAGACGUAUACUCAUCUGUGUGAGGGUCUGUGUGUGUGGCAGUUGAACGGCUCCGAGGGCGGCUACCCCGUCGGCGCCCUCCCCAUGGAGACCAGACUCUUCAUCGACAAGUCAGCCAACAGACACACACAUAAUGAUGAUGCGUGUCGGCGGGAGAGGCCUGUCUGUCUGGGUGUCUGGGUGUGUAGUGAGUUUGUGGACGAGCAUGACGGGACGCACUUCGAUACGGUCGACCCGACCAACGGCAAAGUCAUCGCCAAGAUCCAGGAGGCCGGGUGAGUUUGUUUCUAUCAGACAAGGCAAGGCACACACAUAUUAGUGUGAGGCACACACGUAUUAGUGUGUGUGGAUCUGCCUCCCGUGUGUGUGUGUGAUCAGGAAGCUGGAUGUGGAUCGUGCCGUCAAGGCGGCUGCCAAAGGUGGGCAGGCACCAGACACACAUACACGUGGGAUGUGUGUGGAUGUGUGUGUGCGAUGAAUGCACUGCAGCGUUUCCGUCGUGGAGCGAGUCGUCUGGCCCCGUUCGCGCCCAAUGUCUGCACAAACUCUCUGACCUCAUGGAAAAGCACAUCGACCAGGUCAGCACACACACACACACACAUGGAUGGAUGGACACACACACACACGUGUGUGUCGGUCUGUCUGGUUCAGUUGGCCGAGGUCGAGUCGCUGGACAACGGCAAACCCAAACACAUCGCCAAGUGAGCGACCCACCCAACACAAACAAAAGCCGACAGACACACUUGUGUGUGUGUGGCUCUCUGUCUGUCUGUCUGUGUGUGAUUGAUAGGAAUGUGGACCUUCGCCUGUGCAUCAAAAUUUACCACUACUACGCCGGAUGGGCCGAGGGCAAAACACAAGUGACUGCGUGGCCUGUGAACGGCGUGGAUCUGACAAGGUCACCAUCUGUCUGUGUGUGUGUGGUUGUGUGAUUGAUUAGGGCAAGCACAUUCCCAUCAGUUCCCUAAACGAGACGCCCGCCAACUGGCUGUGCUACCAGAGGUCAGCCACAGGGUGUGCACACUUUCAUUCGCCCGUCUGCGUGGAAGUGUUGGUGUGAUUGUCAUGUGUGCAGACGUGAGCCGGUCGGCGUGUGCGGUCAGAUCAUCCCAUGGGUAUGUGGGGGCGGGGGUCAUCGACUGAAAGGCACCACUCGAUGGGAUGGAUGCCGCUGUCUCUGUGUGCCUCAGAACUUCCCAAUGUGCAUGUUUGCCUUAAAGAUCGGACCCGCCAGUAUACACACACACUGAUAGAGGCCACGGAUCCCUGUUGAUGCUCAUGUGCGGAUGUAUGUGUGUGUGUGCCAUCAUGGCAGUGGCUGCCGGCUGCACUGUGGUCAUCAAGACCAGCGAGAAAACGCCCCUCACCGGGCUGCUCAUGGGACACCUCAUCAAGGAGGCUGGGUGA